AUGCUAUCAAUAAUCAUUAUCGGUGUAUUAUUAAUCACUGGGUGUUUUGGAGAUGAACUGUAUUUUGUUUCCCUUAAGGCAAGUGAAUCAUUUGAUAAAUUUAUGGAAUAUGAUAAAAGAUAUCCCAAACAUUUACAAGUACGAGAUUUCAUAAGUAAUUCAAUAGCAAUUGGUGAAUUCAAAGGAUUCUCUGGAAGGUUUUCAAAAGAUAUACUUGAUCGUUUGAAAAGGUGUCCGUUUGUGCUGGAAAUAACUGAGGAUAUCAUUCUAAGUGCUUUUGAUUUUGAAAUCCAAGAGAAUGCACCUAGGCAUUUGGCAAGAAUUAGUAGACGUAAAAGAAUGAAACCAAACAAGCAAUAUCCAUAUAUGUAUGAUGGUGAGUUUCUGGGACAAGGUGUCAAUGCAUAUGUAAUUGAUUCUGGUGUUGAAGUGAAUCAUCCUGAGUUUGAAGGCAGAGCUUCUGCCGGUCAUGACUUUACCAAUGAAGGUUCUGGAGAUAGUAAUGGACAUGGAACUCACGUUGCUGGUUUAAUUGGUUCUUCAACCUAUGGUGUUGCAAAAAAUGUCCGUAUUAUUGAAGUCAAAGCAUUGAACAGUAAAGGAGCUGGGUCAUUGAGUACUAUUUUGGCUGCUAUUGAUUUUGCAGUUAACCAUAGAUUGGAUUCUGGUAGAAAAGGAGUUGCAAAUUUGUCCUUGGGAGCUUAUAAGAACCAUAUUUUGAACAAAGCUAUUGAACAAGCAACAAGAACAGGCUUGGUAUUUGUUGUCGCUGCAGGUAAUUCAAAUAUAAAUGCAUGUUUGACUAGUCCUGCAAGUUCGAAGUUUGCAAUCACCGUUGGUGCCAUAGAUGAUUAUAAUGAUUCAGUAACGGCAUUUUCCAAUUGGGGAGAAUGUGUUGAUAUUUUUGCUAGUGGUGCCUAUGUUCGAAGUGUCGAUGCCAAAAAUCAUGAAAAAACACAAGUAUUAUCUGGAACUUCGAUGGCAUCACCUAUUGUUACAGGUAUGGUGGCUAAUUUGCUUAGUCAAGGUGUUGAGCCUUGUGAUGUAAAAGCUUCUUUAAUCCGAAUGGCAGCAAAGAACAAAAUUACCAAAUCAUCAUUGUUUUUGCGGAAAAAGACACCAAAUCGGAUAUUGUAUAAUGGAAUUAAUGAAAGAGAUUUUGAGAGUUUUGACGACGAAGAUUAG